GAUCAUGUUGCUGCGGCUGAUGUCCUCGAUGUCACUCUGUUAUUGAUUCAAGUACGAGUUUGAAAUAUAUAGUGAACAGAGCCUCAAAGGAUUUUCAACACAAGAGAUUCACUCAUCCAUGAAAUAUGGCUAAUUUAGCCGCUAAGGAUUUUGAACGGCUUCAGGAAACUGUGCUGGACCUGAAAACUCAAAAGUAUCAACUUGAAGACCACAACAGGAAGCAGAAAAACGCCUUAGGCGAUGCCCAAGCCAAGAUAACGGUUUUGGAGCAGGAGUUAGCCAAAGCUCAGAAAAGCAUCCAGAAGUCCAAAAAAGCCACCGAGGUCCAAGAGCUGGUCAAGACAAAUGAGAGUCUUCAGAGAAAGUUACUCUCCCAAGAGGAGGACUUCAGGCAUCAAAACCAGACAUUACUAACGGAACUCUCUAAACUUGUGACAACGAAUGAGAAACUAGAGCAAGAGAUCAAAGUCCUUCAAGUGAAAGAUCAGCCUGGAUGCGAUGUUCCGAAUGGACCGCUCACCCUUGAGCUCCAAGAAUUGACAGAUGCCAAUGUAAAGCUCCAAGCAGACUUGGCACAAGCUGGAAAAAUCCAUGAAGCCGAACUGAUGACUCUUCGCCAAAACUUGCAAAGAGUCAACGCAGAAAACGUGAAACUGAAGGUGACGGCUCAGGAAAAGCAUGAUUUGGAAAGUGGUCUACAUCCAAUCGAUCAUCAAGGCCGCGAAUCUCCAGAAUUAUGUGAAGUUAAAACAACCGCCCAAGUUUCGUUUCAUCGGGAAAAUUCCAUCAGUACUUCCGUUCCUGAUGGCAUGCUUCUUCAAGACAGGAUUUCCAUAUUGGAAGCUCUCUUUUCAGGAGAAAACCUUCGAUUGUCCCAUGAAAACCAAGGCUUAUCAAAAAAGAGUGAUGAUCGAAUUAUGGAUCUGGAGAGUGCCUUGAAAAGUGCCAAUAUCGACAAGCAGACUCUUCAAACCCAACUUCAACAUGGCUUCACCGCUUUUGAAGAUUUUAAGACGAGGAAAGGCGUGGAACUUAACGAGUUGGAACAACAAAAUCAUGAAUUGAAGGCUCAGUUAAAUGCGAUGGAAGAAUCGGUGAGGAAGAUUUCUGGAGAAAAGAUCGAGAUUCAAGAUGAAAAGGAAAAACGUUCCAAAGACCUCGCAAACGCUUUGGAAGAAAAGGCUACACUUCAGGCUGAGUAUGAGGAAACUGUCAAGUUGAGCGACAAACGAAAAAAGACCUUGGACGAAAUGGCGAUCACGAUUCAGACUAAAAUCGACAACUACUCAGCCAAGAUUGCAGACUUGGAACAUGAGCUGGGCGAAAAAGAGCAAGUUGUAAAGUCUUGGGAGGAAAAAAGCGAUGAUUUGCAAGCGCAUAAUGUCAAAGUGGAAAAAAUCUUACAAGCCUUGACGGCAGAAAAUGAGUCCAUGAAGGUCCAAAUAGUUGAACUCGAAGAAUCAUCGGAGGAGGAAUUGAAGAAGCACCAUCAAGAAAUAGAGGACCUUCAAUCCGACCAAAACCAAACUGUUCGAACCCUACAAACUGAACAUGAACUAGUUUUGAGGGGUCUCAAUACCCAAUUGGAGAUUGCCAAUGCUCAAAGGACGGAAUUCGAAGAGCAAGUCCAAGGGUUAAGGCAGGAAAUUGAGGAUCUACACGAGGAGAAGAAGAUCACCGAGAAGAAAGGCUCAGCAUUGCUCAAGGACCUCAAGAGGCAAUUGCAGAGUGAAAAGCACCGUAACGAGAAAUUACAGGAAAAAAUGAAAGAGUGCUUUACUGAUCCGACACUAACGGAACCAGGAUCAAAGGAAAUUGAUCCAGAUCGAAGUUCCAUCUCUUCAUGGUCCAUGAUGUCGGGUCAAAAUGAGAUUGGGGAACACGGUGGUUCCAGCACAACAUUGCCCGAUUUGACCAGUCCGGUUUCAAAUCCUUCUACCCAUGGUGAAUCUUUACCCCGAGAUAGUCCACCAAACGGGGGGCGUCUCUCGCAGUUAUCUAAAAAUGGGGACGCCCAGAUCUAUUUGGACAAGAUUGGCAUGCUCCAAGCUGAACGGUUGAUCAUGGAGGAGAAGCUCCAUAUGUUGGAAGCCUCAGCCUCGGCCAUGGCGGAUGAUUUGGUCAGAAAGUCCUCUCUUAUACAUCACUACUGCAUGGAAGGGCGUACUUCGGUUCCCACUACACCCAACAACCCACAACACAACGACAAGUUGAAAAAUAACGUGAAGAGGAUGAUGUCCCACUUGAUGGUUCAUUCGGAUGCCGAAACGAGAUCAGAAAUGCUACGAAUGCAAAACAUGCUGGAGGAAACUCUGACCAAGAAUAUGCAACUCCAAGGAGAUCUUGAAACCCUUUCCCAAGAGGUGGUCAGAUUAUCCAAACUUGCCAUCAGUCCCACAGCUCUCUCUUCGUAGCAUUACCCAUGUUCAGUGAUAUACUAAACAUAACGUGACCUUUAUUCUUACGAUUUACAAACAUUCUUGAUAUUCAACAUGAAAUCAACACUAACCAUUCUAUAUAA